AUGGAGCUUGUGAAGGAGGUUCGUUACCUCGCAGACUGUCUUGCACGGUUGUCUUCGGAGGAGGUACGCUCUAUUGAGGAGCAAGGUUUAAAUCCUGCUGAUGUGCAGCGUCAGCUAUCGAGUCAUUUGUCGGAUCAAUUUUGGUGUUACCUUUUGCGGCGUUCGCCGUUUGGGUCCUCGCCUAAAAGUCUAAGUAAGAGGAAAGGUCGUUUUAGUGCAUCUGGUAUUUUGGAGGACGUUGACCGUAGUGUUCGAAAGAAGGCGUUACACGAUGUGGCACAUGGGCAUGUGUCAUUUGAUUCUACUGCGCCAACUACACCAUAUAGCACUUCAUUGCCAAAUAAAGAUAAGAUUCGACCAAUAUAUCAACGUAGAGAAAUUUAUGUUGAAGUUGCGUUAAGUCUUCACCGUCAAGUUAUGCGCCGUAAGGAUCUCAAUCUUGAGUUGCUAGCGUUCGAUAUUUUGUUGGAGUUGUAUGGUUCAAUUUCUCAUCUGCCCCGUUUAGAGGACAAUCAAAGCAUUGUUUCUUCUUCUGAAAAUUCUUGGUAUCCAUUUACGUGCGCCGAGGAGGUGCUUGAAAUGUUAUGCCAUCUUUCGUCUGAGCCUGUGUCAUGCAUUGCUGCCCUUGUGCUCGGUCGUUACGUAUUGAUUCGAAAAGGUAUCAAGGAUAUUCGUAGCCUUGAUAUUAAGGAUUUGCUUGGUCUUUUGGAUGACCCUGGUCUAAAACUUGACGAAGCACACAAGUGGAUCACUGCUUCUACUGGUUCAUCUGUGAGUCGCGAUUCCAGUCAAAGAGUUUCCGAUUUUUGGCCCUCUGCUGCAUUUGAUCGCGCUUUAAGUAGGAUUUCUAAUAUAAAUCCUACUACAAAAAAUUUUGAUUCCGCAUCUACUGGUCUGCGUACUUUGCCACUUAACCCCUUACUUGGGUUUGGUGUGAAUCGAUUGGAGAUCAAUCCAGCGUGGAAAUCUAUCUCAUCUCAACAGUCCUUGGAUAGUUUUGAUAAAAGGUUGCUUUUACCCUUGCCCAAAACAUCAACAAUGGAAAAUAAUAACGGUUCUAACAUGGAUUCUCACUUGUCCGAAAAGUGGCUUUCUAGCUCUCUGCAGCUACAAAGUUUGGAGGACGACAAGAGCGAAUCAAGUGCUGAACUUCUUCGUAAUAGGAGAUUGGUGAAUUCUGGUAUGCUGCUCGACACUCCUGUCGAAACAGUUAGUUCAACUGACUGGAUGAAGGAUCGUGUCAACUUAGGUAUAUCUGGAUCUAGUUCUUUUUGUCAUGUCGAUGAAGGUUCUUCUGCCAUUGUUCAAAAUUACAAAACUUGGCAAUCGUUACCUUCCUUUGACACGGCGGAAUUGUACUCUCAGGUUCGUAGUGGUACCUCAGCUCCUUUGAGUCGUCAAUCCAUCAUCGAAGCCAUGACUGAAUUCACUGUUAGUCGUCUGCAGCGUGGAGUUUUUUUGGGAAAUUCUGCUGAUGACAAAUGUUCUUCGGAUUGGUAUAGAUAUGUCUUGAUGUGCUUACAGGGUUUAGAAUCACAAUAUUUUGUUAGUAAGGCCUCGUCUACUUACAACAAAGAGCCACUAUUGUUCCCUGCGAAAUACCAUCAGUUUUUUGCGCCAGGAUUAGACUUUCACCGUCAUACUUCUAAGACGAUUUGCAAGGCACUUUUUGCUGAUUUUAUGGCAUCUGCUCCUGGCGACCGUUAUGGCGCUGAGCCUGCGUGGUUAUCAUUUGGUGGAAGGGCUCUUGGGAUUCAUCGUGAUAUAGUUCCUAGCGAAGAGAGUGUGUUGUCCCAUUUCUUACAGUUGGAGGCCACACAAGAGUUGAAGGACAUACCAGGUUAUUCCGCUGUGAGCAAUAUAAUGUCGGAUAUAGCGAAUGUUGGCAGCACUGUUCGUAGCCUGAAGUAUUUUGUGGAGCUUAUUCGCCGCAUUGAAUCUUUGGAUGAUUUCCGUGACCGCAUCGGUACGGUGAUAUCUGUGUACACUUCUACUUUGUCUUGUUUCCUAAACUCCUUUCAAUCUGCAGUAUCCAAUUUGGGUGAGACCGAUUACCAAGGUAAUUUACGUGAGACAUUGAGUGUGUUCAGUUUAUUUUUCACACGCCUCUAUCCUUGGCUCCAGGUGAUAGUUUGGUAUGCGAGAAUAAACCAUGAUGAUGCCUUCCAUUCGAUAACAUGUGUCCACUAUCGACUUCCACGUGGUUCGUAUUUCUUGGACCAUGUGAUCGUCCAUUAUCUUGGCACUUUUGGUUCAUGGAUCCCUGAGAAUAGUUUGAGCCGCUCUUAUGCUUAUCGAUGUCUGGUAACGAUUAUGAAGCCCUAUUUGUGGUAUCUUCGUCGCUGGAUCACCGGUGUGGGUAACCGUGAGCGUGUCAUGAGUGAGUUUGAGCGCAAUGGCCGUUUGCACAUAAUCUUCCCGUUAUUGCCGCUGGCCCAUGUGAUUGCUUCUUCUCGUGAGCUUUGUUCAAUCAUGGAGCGUUACUAUCAUAUGCAUCUUCCUUCUUCAACUUCGGUAUUUUCUGAUUAUUUGGACGUUGUGAAUUCUGACGCUCUAAGGUUGCUAGGCACAACGGAUGAACCUAUGGGUGACGUACCACCUUUUGCUGACUUUAUUCAAGCUCUAAGUGAGGAAAUACAUGCCAAUUUCACUCAUUUGAACCGCAAGGUUUUGAGUCUGUUUAAAUCAGAGUACCGUUUUAUGGAUAUAAUGGACGACAUAAACCGUUUUGUGUUUUUGACGCGACUUGAUGUGAUGGAUGGUAUAUUUGAGGAAUGGUCUCGAGAUCGUGGUACUGACGCUUAUAAGCAGCUAUUUAGUCCUCCACUUAUUGUUGAAGACAUUGUUGACCGAUCUGCGACAUUUAAGUUUCGGGGUCCAUCUCUUCGAUUUUUUGCAGGUGCCUUCGAUCGUUACAUUUUUACUGAGGUAGGUUACAUUUGUAUCUGCUGA